ACACGAUUCUCUUUCCCCCAUAUAAAUGUCUGGCUCUCAAAUCUAAAAUCUCACCCCUCAACCCCUCUCUUCUCUUCGCAGAAUCAACAUGACGGUUGAAUUAGCGAACGGCGUCGCAGAGACACUUUCGUACUCUAACGGCGAUUUAAAGCCUCAAAACCCUAACAACGUCAAUGCCACCAAGAAAUCGCGCGAGACCGAGCGUCGCCGGAGGCGCAGGAAGCAGAAGAAGAACAACAAGGCCUCUCAGUCUACAGCCGGUGAAGACGGCGACACCGCUGCUGAAGAUGGAAAUGGCGGCGAGGAUAGUGACAAGGAAAACUCCGAUCAUCAAACGGCUCUGGAGCAAGUUGAAGUGGAGUACAUCCCAGAGAAGGCAGAAUUGGAUGGUGACUUGGAUGAGGAAUUCAGAAAAGUAUUUGAGAAAUUCUGCUUUAAGGAGACCGUUGGUUCUGAGGAUGGUGAUAAAAAGAAUGAGACUGUCCCUGAUGCAGCAUUGAAGAAGAACGCAGACUCCGAUUCAGAAGAGGAAGAACAGGAUGCCCAACAAAAGGAGAAAAGUGUAUCUAAUAAAAAGAAAAAGCUUCAGCGUCGGAUGAAGAUUGCUGACCUGAAACAGAUCUCCUCGAGGCCUGAUGUAGUUGAGGUAUGGGAUGCUACUUCAGCAGAUCCUAAGCUGCUUGUCUUUCUGAAAUCUUACCGAAAUACUGUUCCAGUACCGAGGCAUUGGAGUCAGAAGAGGAAAUUUUUGCAGGGGAAGCGUGGCAUUGAGAAACAGCCAUUUCAACUUCCUGAUUUCAUUGCUGCUACUGGGAUUGAGAAGAUUAGACAAGCGUACAUUGAAAAGGAGGAUAGUAAGAAGCUUAAACAGAAGCAACGUGAGAGGAUGCAACCAAAAAUGGGGAAAAUGGAUAUUGAUUAUCAGGUUCUCCAUGAUGCAUUUUUUAAAUACCAAACAAAACCAAAGCUGACGACACAUGGUGAUAUGUAUCAUGAAGGAAAAGAGUUUGAGGUAAAGUUAAGGGAGAUGAAGCCAGGAAUGUUGUCACAGGAAUUAAAAGAGGCUCUCGGUAUGCCAGAAGGCACUCCUCCUCCUUGGCUCAUCAAUAUGCAGAGGUACGGUCCUCCACCUUCUUAUCCACAAUUAAAAAUCCCAGGACUGAAUGCUCCUAUUCCACCUGGAGCUAGUUUUGGCUAUCAUCCUGGCGGCUGGGGCAAACCACCCGUUGACGAACAUGGACGUCCUUUGUAUGGAGAUGUCUUUGGUGAAUACCAACAAGAACAGCCCAACUAUGAGGAGGAACCAAUUGAUAAGACUAAGCAUUGGGGUGAUUUGGAGGAAGAGGAAGAAGAGGAGGAAGAGGAAGUAGAAGAAGAGAUUGAAGAAGAGGAAUUGGAAGCUGGCAUUCAAUCUGUAGAUAGUCUUUCAAGUACUCCUACUGGUGUUGAGACUCCAGAUGUUAUUGACCUUCGUAAACAACAGAGGAAGGAGCCUGAGAAGCCUCUCUACCAAGUACUUGAAGAGAAAGAAGAGAAGAUAGCUCCGGGGACAUUACUCGGAACAGCUCAUACGUACGCUAUAUUUUUACAAAAAUUAGAACUUCGGUUUAGGAGCUUUUUUUUCCCAUCUAAUCUCGAGUUUAAUUUUCCUUUACACUUUCCUGCCUACAGAUAUGUAAUAGGCAGUGGUAUGCAAGACAAAGCAGCAGCAUCCAAAAGGGCAAGGAGAUUUGAUUACCUUUUUUUUUCCCUUUGCGUCAAUAUAGAGUUUUGUGCUUGUAUGUAGAGUCAUUUAUUUAUCUAUUUUUUAAAAUCCUACACUGACAAGAGAAAGUAUACUGUGGUGAUCCUGGUUAAAAAUGUUAUGCACUGACAGGGAAAUCCUCCAGGGCUGGUGAAUAAUUAGUAAGAGAAAGAUGUGGUAUAUUCAUGUCACAUCUUGAUAGUAAUUCUCCCCCCGACAGAGCUUACCUCAUAAAAAUUUUUGUUAUUGAAAGAAUGGCUCUCUCUCCAUAUGAUUGAUCAUUUGAAUUCCCCUGUUUGUGGGGAAGUCAUAAUCGUGCUUUACUUUUGAUAGUUCUAUGAAGUGAAUGGUGAAACCUUGACUUAAAAUAAGUUUUUAUACCCAACAGAGAAUAAAAUUGUAGGCAAAUUGUGUCAUUUGGACCGAGCAAAUGCAAACUGUCUUCAUAUUGUAUUCUGUGUGACCUUGGAUAGCCAGUGUAGUUUACCCAUUUACAAGCACUGAUAGUACUAGAAAUCCUGCUUUGUAGGAUUCCAUUCAGCUAAGAGGCUUGGCAAGACAAAAUGUGGUUGCCCUAUUUCUAAACCAUGUUUAUGCAGAAUUGGCCUAGGUUGCCCAAGUUAUACUCGGUCACUUUUCUGAGUACUGCAUUGACGGGAUGAGAGGUGUAUGUUAGUACAUAUAGUAGGAGGCCCUGCAUUAGUUUUUGUGUGUAGCCCUUGUAUAUGAGUUGCAUAUGGGCUCAGAUAUGUUUGUCUACAUUCAUAUAAUGGUUUGCAAAGUAGGAAGCAUGCUAAUUUUACCUAAAUCACAAUUUUCUUAAAAUUGACCUGGAAUGGAGACCUACAUUAUACUCUUGCAGGUUCAUGCUUGUGUUGUUUACUUUUGCUUUUAUAGACAUUUUGUUCGUCCAUGUAUUUUUCCGAUAUGGUUAGCAAACUGAGGCCUGAAGCAGUUAUUUAUUAAUUAGUAACUAGUGUCCGGAUAGUAACUACAAGAUAUAAUUAUUGACAAGCUCAAUGAUGUGCCUUUAACAUUGUGAUUCUGCUUUCAGGUUGAUCUGCUUAGAGGUCAGAAAUCAGAUAGAGUUGAUGUCACAUUAGCGCCAGAAGAGCUGGAACUUAUGGACAAUGUAUUACCAGCCAAGUACGAGGAAGCCAGGGAGGAAGAGAAGCUGCGUAGUCAGCGGGAGGAUUUCAGUGACAUGGUUGCUGAGAAUGCGAAUAAGAGGAAGCGGAAGAUGCAGGAAAAGGAUGGGAAAUCGAAGAAAAAGGAUUUCAAGUUUUAGACAGUUUUGGUUGCGUAUACGUGAUACUAGAAAUCCCAGGCCAACCACGAUCAAGUUAUGGGUGAAUCUUUACUUAGCUUGAGAGCUAUAGGAUUUACUGACCCCUUAGAGCUAUAUUAUGACCUCUGUUGUAGUUUUCCCUUGGCUAUCUCAAGGACCUACCAUUAUGUGGCCUACGCACAGCCAUGGUGUAUGACUUUUGUAAUACCACUAUUGAUUUCGGAGGUUGUUGAAACGAUGGAUUACAUAUAUGAGAUUCAUUUUGUUAUGAAGUCGGGAGAGGGUUAGAUGCAUAUAGUAUAUAUGGUCUGUACACUUCUAUCAAGACUUUUUUUUUCGUGACUCAAAAAUAGAGGAAGAACAAACCACCAAAAAUAAAGUCACGAUGAGG